AUGGCAUCUUCGUCAACAAACUCACCAUGCGCUGCCUGCAAAUUCCUACGGCGAAAAUGCCAGCCGGAGUGCGUAUUCGCGCCGUAUUUCCCACCGGACCAGCCACAGAAAUUCGCAAACGUUCACAAAGUGUUUGGAGCAAGCAACGUGACCAAGCUCCUCAACGAGCUCCACCCAUCGCAGCGUGAAGACGCCGUUAACUCUCUGGCCUACGAAGCCGACAUGCGUCUCCGGGACCCAGUCUACGGUUGUGUCGGAGUCAUCUCUCUCCUCCAGCAUCAGCUUCGUCAGCUUCAGAUCGAUCUCAGCUGCGCCAAAUCAGAGCUUUCCAAGUACCAAAGCCUCGGCAUCCUCGCCGCCACUCACCAGAGCCUCGGCAUUAACCUACUCGGCGAUGGAACCACCACCGCCACUGUGAGAGACCAUCCCUAUCAUCACCACCAGUUUUUCCCCAGAGAACACAUGUUUGGUGGCUUAGACGUUCCCGCCGGUAACAACUACGACGGAGGGAUUCUCGCCAUCGGACAGAUCACUCAGUUUCAGCAGCCUAGAGCCGCCGCUGGGGACGACGGUCGCCGUACUGUUGAUCCGUCUUGA